AUGAAGAUGUCGUUUCUGCAUGCGGCAGCAGCGCUACUUACGGCGUUGCUGCUGCUUGUGCAGAAACACGUCCUGGCCGCAAUUUGUUCGAAAAGCUUCAAGUACCGACACACACUCGGAUAUGAAAACCAUUAUAUAGAGAACGAAAGUUGCUACAAAAGACCCAUCACUUCUACACAGAAAAUUACAAAAUGUUCACGUAACUUUUCACUCUCCGAAAGUCCUAAAUAUAAAAAGGAUCCAGAAAUUCACGUUGAUAAUGAAGGGAUUGCUCAGCAGCCUUAUGAUGAUUAA